GUCAACUCUGGUGUUGCUCACAGUGGCAAUAGCAGUGAUGUCAGCUCAAGUUACUGUAACUCUGGAUGAAGAGCAAAAAAGAGUGGACGUUCCCCAUGGUUCCUCUCUGACUUUGUACUGCUCUUUGGAGGGACAGGGGAGAUUUCGAAUAGCCUGGUUUUUUAAAUGCUGUGGAAAUAAAACAAUUGACAUCAACGCCACGGUAUUUAACAAAUCCACAAAGACCUCCAAUGAGACAUCCAGCAAAACAAAGCAGAACUUAAAGGAGGAUCUGCCGAAACACACUUUAUCAAGUGUUACAUACAACGACAGUGGAUGGUACUUUUGCAAUGUCACAAUAGAGAUUCCAUAUUUAAAACAUUAUGAGAGCAAAGGAGCAGAAGUGAUUGUUGGAACAGGGAAGACCGUAACGGAACAUACAACUUACCAGACACAAGUCCAUGUGUCUCCCACAAACUUCUUUGAAGAAUGGUGGCUAUGGAUCUUGGUGGGAGGAUCGGUUCUCGUCCUGAUAGUCCUCAUCAUCAUAUGUGUCUUAAUGAGAAGGAGACAACAUAUAAGAGAGUUACAGACUCCUAUCUAUGGAAACAUGCGUCCCUCUCCUCGGCCUGGGGCGCCAGCAGACAAACUUAAGACAGUUUCUUCAUGUCAAAACCUUCGGACCCCAAAUCCUGGCAGGAAAUAUGAGGAAAGCAAAAUGAGAUACAAAUAGUGAAGAGAUGGACCUUACACAUAUCAACUCAUAGAGGCUGUUACUGCAGUGGCAUUUCUUUACUUUUUAACAUUUACAUGUACAUAUUAUAUAUAUAUUUUUUUUUUUUGGAAAAGGAUUCUCUUUAACUCUUCAACUGGACAUUCAUUUUAUUUGAUUAUUUCUUUUCAGGCAUGUUCAGUAAUAUGAGCCACUAGAUGGCAUUAGAUGCUUUAAAUUUGCAAAAAUGUAAAUUGUUUCGUUUUUUUGCUUAA